AUGAGCGUACCACAACCAGCCAAGAUUGAUUACGAUUUUUAUGAGAAACCAAGUACGAUUGCUUGCUUUGAUGCGAUUAUCAACGAGUUACGACACGAUCUUGAUGCGGAAGGUGCAAGCGUGACAUUUACGACGGCCGACUUGGUCUACUUUACAGCGCGAAUUCAACAGUUCCAACAAGAUCACUUGGGAUUUACCGCUACUCAAUUAGCACGGAAAAAUGGCUGGCCAAUACAACCGCGUAUACCUGUCCGAUUCUUUGACGUCGACCAUCUCAGCCAACAGUCUCCCCUUUACACGGUCCUUAAAGCCGCCUAUUCCUUCCGAUCCGAUCACAACAUUAGCGACUGGCAAUUCGACUCUUUACAAGAAAAGGACGUCUACCUCGAUCUCAUUUCUUACAUCAAGCAACGUUUAGCCGAAGAAAACGUGUAUCGUCCCCCUUGCAUAGCUUUUGAUAAAACUGUCAGCGACCGUGAAAAGAAAGAUCUGACCAAUAUGAUUAAAUCAUUAGGUGGUACGAUUGCUUCUCAUGCCGGUUCUGCAUCGCAUUUCAUCUACAAUGGAGAAGCCAUUGCAUCGCGAGACGAUCGUUAUUACAGAAUAUUAAAAGAUGAGAAACACCGCAAGCUGGUGCACUGGAUAGGAUUACCAGCUUCUUUCGAUAAGUGGAUAGACAAAGACAGCAAAAAGGUCAGCAAGAAUGGUCUUCAAAGCGUGGAUGCGGACCUGGAACAUGCGCCGUGGCAUGUAAAAUCCGACUGGGUGAAACAAAGCUACAAAUACAAUGAAUGGAUGGACGAAAUCGAUUAUCUUGAUACAGAGAAGCAGCGGGAAGGCCUCAGCAGGAAAAGACGCAGCAGCGAACCUUUGCAGAUCGAUGGGGAUGAUACGCGAGAUGACACACCGGUCAAGAAAACGCGACCGUUGAGUUUGGAAGAAGAAGAAUGGCAUCAUCACGAAAUAGAAGCAAGGAAAUAUCUGUCUGUGCAAUCGCACGAAAUAAUCAUCCCUUCCUAUGCUGCCUGGUUUGAAAUGGAGAAAGUGCAUUCGAUCGAGAAACAAGCUUUGCCGGAAUUCUUCAAUCACCGCAAUCGAUCCAAAACACCCGCUGUAUAUAAAGAUUAUCGUGAUUUCAUGAUCAAUACUUACCGAUUAAACCCUCUGGAAUACUUGACCGUCACUGCAUGUCGACGCAAUAUGACCGGAGAUGUGUGUGCCAUUAUUCGCAUUCACGCCUUUUUGGAACAGUGGGGUUUAAUCAAUUAUCAGAUUGAUUCCGCUGCGAGACCGUCCCAUGUUGGUCCGCCAUUUUCUGGCCAGUUCAAGAUCGUCACUGAAUUACCAGUAGCAUUUCAACCUCCUACGACUGAUUCUCGGCAUCCUUCAGCGUUGUCCUUGACCGAUUCUCCCGCAUUACCUUCUCCCGAACCUGCACCUGCACCUACUGUUCCCAGUCCAAUGGAUGUCGAUGCUUCUUCCCCCGUUCCAUCCAACUUAAAGAGCCGGCUUGAUUUUAAUUUGGAACUUCGACGUAAUAUCUUUGAUAAACGAACGUAUCAAUGCUCCAUGUGCCAUACAGAUUGCACGGGCGAACGGUUUCGACAUACGAAAACACCCCGACUCGUGCUGUGUACGCCCUGCUACAACAGUGGCAAACUCCCAUCGAAUCAAAGCAGUAGAGAGGAUUACGUCAGAGAAGAGCAGAGUGCCAAGAUGGAGCCUCAAUGGACGGAUCAAGAGGUGGUAUUGCUGUUGGAAGGAUUGGAAAUGUAUUCGGAAGAUUGGGAAGCCGUCGCGAAACAUGUAGGCACGCGAACACGGGAUGAAUGUAUUCUUCACUUCUUGCAACUUCCGGUCAAUGGGAUGUCACUCGAGUUGGAAGCGAAAGAUCUUGGUUUGACGCUGCCAGCGUCAGGAACUAAAAAUCCCAUCACGUCCGUGGUGGCUUUCCUCGCGUCGACCGUCAAGCCCGAAGUCGUGGCGAAAAUUGUCGAUCGAGAAGGUUUGAUCAAGAAAUCCGAUGAAGCCGAGAAACGAGAAGAUGCUGAGGCCGAGAAAAAGAAGCAAGAGCGAGCCACAUAUGAAUUGACGUAUGCGUGGUUGAAGACCAAAUUGCGCGAUUUCCAGGAUCAAGUGCAACGAUACAAUGAAAGAGAAGCGGUGGUCCUGGCCGAACGACAGCAUCUCGAGCAAGAACGAUAUCAAUUGAAGCUCCAUCGACUGGGGUUGCAAAAAAAGGUCACGGAAAUGCAAAUUGAAAUGACCAAAUUAAGGCAAGGUACCGCCCCAUCCCUACCCUCCAUGUUGACAGGCGGUCUAUCCCGACAUUCAGACCCACCACAACCCUCCUCUUACCCACCCAGUCAUUCAACGCAGCAGCAGCAACAGCCAUCCUCGAACCCUCCCUUACGGCAGAUGUCUUACGAUCCUACACCUCUUUAA